CACGGUCACACUGGGUCUAGCUGGCGAUUCUGAACUGACGAGUUUUGUUAUUGGCGGAGAGAAAAUUACGGUGGUUUAUAAAUUCUCAGUUAAGCCGAUUUCUCAGCCCACGUAUAUAUAUUUAUAUAUAUAUAUAUCUCUGUUCCCCGACCGAUUUGCAAUCGAAUCGAAAGCACCGAAAGUCGAGCGGCCGCGUAUAUUUUUUUUCUGUUUUUGCCCCUCGUGCAACAUCAGUGAACUAGCGGCCCCAUCGAGAAAAAGUGAAAUUGCCUUUUGCGGCAAAUAAGAAGGAAAAUAAAAGCCAAAAGAAUACAACAAAUUAAGUACACGGCAACGGCAGCCGAAAAAUUGUUGUUUACAAUAAUAGAAGUAUUUAAGCCAACGGGCGUCGCUGUGUGCGUGUGUGCGUGCGUGUAGUUGUUGCGCCAAAAAUUCCAAUCGGAAUUCUGGAACAGCUGGCCACAACAACAAAACGCGGCCAAGAAAAAAGAACUGCUGAAAAAUGGGCGAUUUCGAUCUGAAUGUGGACAGUUUGAUACAGCGGCUGCUGGAGAACUUCAAAAAGCAAAAAGAGGCCGAAGAGCACGCCCAGAAGCUGCUAAUCGCUCAACAAUUGGCCGCCGCCGGCGGAGCGGCUGCCGCCGUGGCCACCGCCUCAGCCGCCGCCGCCGCUGCCGCCGUUUCAGCCUCAUCGCCCACAUCGAGCAGCAGUUACCCGGCGGUGGCGGCCUCCUUUGGAUCGGGACUGGGAUCGGGAUCGGGAUCGGGAUCCGGUUCUGGUUCUGGUUCUGGUCCAGGUCCAUCCUCUGGCUACGAUCCGCUGGACGAGCUCACCGAACAGCAGCGCCGACUGCUCCAACAAUACUCGAUAUCGCCGCCCAGCGAGACGAUGAUAUCGGCCGAUGGCGACCAGAUCACCGUCCAUCAUCCGCGCGAGGAGCCCAAGAAAUCCCGAUUGAAAUUGCGCGACUUUUUCGUCGCCGAGUUUGUGCGCAGCUGCCGAACGGGCAAACAGGUCCAGAUGACCGAGGCGGAGGUGCGCGGCCUGUGCCUCAAAUCGCGCGAGAUCUUCUUGCAACAGCCCAUCCUGCUGGAACUGGAGGCCCCGCUGAUCAUCUGCGGUGACAUUCACGGCCAGUACACAGACCUGUUGCGGCUAUUCGAGUACGGCGGAUUCCCUCCGGCCGCCAACUACUUGUUCCUCGGCGACUACGUCGAUCGGGGCAAGCAGUCCUUGGAGACCAUCUGCCUGUUGCUGGCCUACAAGAUCAAAUAUCCGGAGAACUUCUUUUUGUUGCGCGGCAACCACGAGUGUGCCAGUAUUAAUAGGAUUUAUGGCUUCUACGAUGAGUGCAAGCGCCGGUACAAUGUCAAACUGUGGAAGACCUUCACAGAUUGCUUCAACUGUCUGCCGGUAGCCGCGAUCAUUGACGAGAAGAUCUUCUGCUGCCACGGUGGCCUCAGUCCCGAUCUUCAGGGCAUGGAGCAGAUCCGUCGCUUGAUGCGGCCCACAGAUGUGCCGGACACCGGGUUGCUGUGCGACCUCCUGUGGAGCGAUCCCGACAAGGAUGUUCAGGGCUGGGGCGAGAACGAUCGCGGUGUGAGCUUCACGUUCGGCGUGGAUGUGGUCUCCAAGUUCUUGAACCGGCACGAGCUGGACUUGAUCUGCCGUGCGCAUCAGGUUGUGGAGGAUGGCUACGAGUUCUUUGCGCGUCGCCAACUGGUCACCUUGUUCUCGGCGCCUAACUACUGCGGGGAGUUCGACAAUGCCGGCGGCAUGAUGACCGUGGACGACACGCUUAUGUGCUCAUUCCAGAUCCUGAAACCAUCUGAGAAGAAGGCCAAGUAUCUGUAUAGCGGAAUGAACUCGUCGCGACCCACAACACCGCAGCGCAGCGCUCCAAUGCUUGCGACCAACAAGAAGAAAUAAUAUAUCCAUCCGCUUCCAUUUCCUUAAAGGUUCAACAAACAACAGAAAUAAACUUUUACAUAGAUACACACAUAUAUAUAUACAUAUAAAUAUAAAAAAGGAUAGCGAACGAGAGAACGAUACAGUAGAGAACGGGCAAAUGAUAAAUGAUAAAUGAUAAAUGAUAAAUUAAAUGUGUGAGCUAGUGACGCAAGCCGAACCCAAGUGCAUAAAGAAGAUAAACAUUAAUGUGUAUCCGUCAUUAUCUGUAAACAAACAUAUUGCCUGCUUUAUUUUGGGUGUGGAAUCUGUGUCUAACUUGAUUACCUUAUCCGUGUACCUGCUAGUUGAUGCAAGAGCAACAUCCGCAGCAACGGCGAAGCACUCACAGGCCCUAGUUAAGUUGAGUCCUGCAUUUGAUGAUUAUCUGUUGAAUGGAAAUUGUAACAACUCCCCCUAACAGCAGCUCCCCAGCCCCCAAAAAAAUCCCGAAACAUGCAGAUAAAUAAAUAAUUAAAAAGUACAGCGAUGUUAAGCAAUGAAUUUAUAUAUAGGCUUAUUAAUGUAAACUAUAUACGAUAUACUUAUAUAUUCAUAACUACAAGAGAGAAACGAAAAGAAACCUAUACAAAAAAGGAAAGCAAAGUAUCUGGCCACUGUGCGGUUCCUUUGGGGCAAGCACAGUGGGACGAAAACAGCAUGAACUAGCUAUCACUUAACUUUUCCUUUUGGCCCUGCGCCGAGCUUACGAAAUUCGCUGCAAUUGUACGAUUUUUGGUUCUCUUCCUAUCAACUAAGUGCGCAUUACAAAUUUGUCUAACAAAAACUUAAGGAAAAUCAAACAAAUAAGAAAGCAAAUGAUAAAAUUAAAGAAAAGAAACUAAACGAAAACCUAUGUAUUAAGCUUAAAACAGUUCAACUCUCUGUGUGUAUUUUAUUUAUUAUUUAUCUAUAAAUAUAAAUAUAUGUUCUUUUUGUCAUUGUUUAAUUAAUUUAUUGCUUACAUUGUAUUUAUAAAACGAAAAACAACUAAUCCGUAACAACAAUUUUUUUUUUCAUUAUACUCAGUUUAAGUGGCAAAAUACUGUUAACGUGUUAAUGGGCAUUUAACAAUUGGGGCUUGUUAUUUAAUGCCUACAACUUUACCUAGAAAACUCCAACCUAACUUUAACUUGCCUCACACACAAAAAACAAAAUAAUAAAUAAAAAUGUUUAAAUUUAACGAAUUUUGAAAGCAUUACUUCGAGUACUUGAAACACCAAUUUUUGUGCAUAUUUAAUUUAUAAAUAAGAGACGUAAUUCGUUAAAAAAUGUAGAAAGGGCGAAUAAGUGAAUGAGAAAGCAUAUGAAUAUAUACAAGUAUAUACAGGAGGAACGAAAGAGAAAACUAAUUUUUUCAUCGUCGUAACUUAUUAGAUUAUAGUGCCUUUUUUGCCUCCCAAAAAAAAA